AUGCCUGCACUACCGAUAGACAAGGUGGUGGAUGGGGCUUUUCAGAAGGCACCAAAGUUCACUGCACUAGAGGAAAGUGAACUGAAUCCGAAAUUUGCAAACAUGACCGACAAGGAAAGGAGUGGAUACCAACUCGCAGCUCACGAGUUGGAUCACAUUGCGAAAUUCCAUCGGCAGGUCCGCAAGAGCUUCAGACAAGUCCACAAGUGA